AUGGCAGCGUUGAGACAGGAGCAUCGGUACGGACUCUCCUGUGGAAAGAUUAAUAAAAACGUUCCCAACAAAACGAUCUUUCACGUCAAGUUAACCGACACUGCCAUCCGGACGCUGGAAGCGUAUCAGAAUCUCAAGGGGUCCUUACCAAAUCAGCCGGCAAUUUGCUUCAAGGGGAACCAGGGGUAUAUCAAAAUUCCUGCUCCCUCAACGGAUUCUCCUGAUGCUUUCCGUGUCUUCUCCUUCUACCUGUCCAGUGACAGUAAAGACAAACCUCAAGCCAGCUUUGAUUGUAUUCACCAGUAUCUGUCGGGAGAUAGUAGGGAACAUCUGGAAGGUCAGGGCAGUAUUCAGGACAAAAUCACAGUGUGUGCCACCGACGAUUCUUAUCAGAUGACCCGGGAGCGCAUGUCUCAAGUGGAAAAGGACAUCUGGAGUCGUUCAGCCAUUGAGAUCAAACCCGGCUCCACGCAUCCAAGUAAAUGUGUGAAGAUUAAGAAGAAACAGGGCCUGCCCACAAGCUAUGACAAUACUAAUAAACAUUCACCCAGCAACAAGAGGAACAGUGGACCUAGCUUAGUGGCCCACAGGCCCUUGAGAGAACGUGUCAUUCACGUUCUGGCCUUAAAGCCAUACAACAAGCCGGAACUACUGCUCUGGCUGGAGAGAGAGAAAGCCAGCCCCAAGGACAAGGCCGACCUGAGCGCUGUGCUGGAGGAGGUGGCUAAACUCAAUCCCAAAGACCACAGCUAUACUCUAAAGGAUGAUUUCUACAGACAUGUACGGAAAGAUUGGCCUGGCUAUGUGGAGGAAGAGCGGCAGCGCAUUCAAAGGGUGUUGUCUAGAAAACUCCAGCCUCUCAGCAGCAGCAGCAGCAGUAGCCAGUUGAAAACCUUGCAGUCCAGCCAUUCAUUCCACAAAACCUCAGGGGAUUCUCCGUCCCAGCUCAGCCCCGUCAAGAAUCUCUCCAUGAAACGCCCAGUGCCUUCCGACCAUCCAGAAAGUCAGACGCCAAAAAAGCAACGGUUAUUAGACCAGAACAUGCCCUUGCAAUCUCCUUUCAAUGGACAUCUAAGCUUAUCCAUGGGCUGUAGCUCUUCCAACCAUGGAAACAUAAGUUUGCAAAGCAAACUGGAGUAUGGGAGAAGUACCAGUAAUCAGCAGAGCCCAGAUAGCCUUUACCAGCGGCAUAAGCUCAGCGAGUCCAACAGUGUCCCCAAACCAGAGCCAUCAGCACCAGCACAGCAUCCUCUCUCCAACCCCAAACACCCACGAACUGAAACUGAAAUCUGCACUGACCAGCAACUAGCAAACGGCCAGCACAAAAAGAAGAAGUCCAAGAAGCAUAAAGAAAAGGAGAGAGAACGCUUAAAACCUGAGUGGGCUGAGAUUAGCCCGGACCUCAAGCAGAACCAGGAAAAUAUUAAUGACAAUGAGCGGCCCAACACACCUGUCACCCGUGCCUCGCCAGAGGAGCUGCCUGACUAUUUAUUAAAAUACAACACUAUUACAGACACUGAGCAGCGACAGAGGUACAAAGAGGAUUUCUGUGCGGAAUAUGAUGAGUACAGAGACCUUCAUGAGCGCAUAGGGAAAGUUACUGAGAUGUUUGUUCAGCUGGGAUCCAAGAUAAAAACACUAUCUCCUGGGACACAGGAGUAUAAGGUAAUGGAAGAUCAAAUAAUGGAUAAAUAUAGGAAGUAUAAGAAGAAGUUCCCAGGCUACCGAGAAGAGAAGAAGCGUUGCGAGUAUCUCCAUCAGAAACUGUCACACAUCAAAGGCCUGAUUCUGGACUAUGACCGCACACUAGCACCAUCCUAGUUCUAGUAAUUCUUUUCUCCACCUUCCCCGUCUGGUCAUACGGACCAAAAGACUCCUCAUUGGAAAUAAAGAAGGACCAAAUGUGGUUUCUUGAACACGAAAAGUCAUUUCCACUUCUUUCCUCUGCACAAACUGUGGAUAGUGGUGUGGAGGCAGCCCAAACUAUCAAACAAAGGCCAAGACCUCCAACUAGUGACUUUAAAACCCUUUAAAGUUUUAAAAGUUUGUUUGUGUAAAAAGUGUUGCAUUGGCAAGGAAUUUGGUUAGAUUUCUUGAGCCAAAAUUGAUUUACCAAACCUAAAUGCAGCAUACAUCUAACUGUUGCCCUUGAUCUUCUAACUAUGGCUUGUGCUCUGAUCUUCAGGGCUGCAGGCUGCUUUUAUGGUACAAUCAUAAAGCCUGGACGAUGAGAGAUGAUUAUCUUUACUGUGUUUGCUGUCUGUUAGUGCUUUAUUCGAGAACUGAAGCACAGUUUCUAUUUUGAUAUUAUACUGAAUGUAUAUUUGUAAACUUGCAAGAUCUUGACUUCUAUAAUAGAGGGUUUAAUCACUGGAUAGAAUAAGGGAAGCCUGGAAUUUUCUAGACUCUGGGGUAAUCCUACCAAACUCUGUAGAGUACAGGGGUGCAAUUUGUCAAAUGAACGUUAGUGUAAACUAUACAAGCACCUGUGUCAGACUGUCAAUAAGACCUUUAUUUCUGCAGCUUUCCUCUUUUGUGGAACUACAUAGUGAGCUCUGGAAUCCAAAUUGAAUGUAGUAUUCCGGAAGCCACUUGUGUAAUGAGAGAAAAGGUGAAAAGCUUAACCUUGCAUAAGCAACACGAAAAACCUAAUCUGUUACACCAAACAUACAGCAGUGGUAAUAUUCUCAUGAUUUUUGUAUCCAGGGUCCAGUGCUCAAACCACUACAGCACACUAUGUCCUUAAAAUAAUUAUGGCGAUAACUAUUAUUAUAAUUACUUUUUGAACACUAAACAGCAGAAACAAUCAUCAUUUAGAUUAUUUUAUCUUGUUUUUGAUUUAUAUAUAUAUAU